GCCGCACGUGUUUUCCAGUGCUGUGUCAAUGAGGCGAGCUGCCGUGCAAGGAGAGGGAGGAGGAGAGGGAGGCAGGGAAAGGCAAGGAAAGGCAAGGCGAGCGAUUCGUAUUGUACAGCAGAUCGGUUUGAACUCUCAGGCAGGCUGCACGCACGGCUGAAAAAACAAAAAGCAGAAAGCAGGUUUGAAUAAACGGGGUCUGAUCUGAAGGAAAGCCGGCCAGGGCGUGUGUUGUGUACGCGGCGCACUGUCACUGCAGAUCAGCGCGCUGCCUGGGACUCGAGGUAAGGAUUUCAAACAAGAGCGCACAUUUACCGAGGCUGUGGAGCUAGCAGCGGGACGAGGACACGUGUCUCAUUUUGCCGCUAUGAUGUCAUCGCGAGGCUCGCUCUGCUCGACCGACAGCUUCCUGUACAGCGAGGGAGAGGCGGGCGACGAGGAUUUAGACGUCUUCCUGUCCGACAGCGAGGGAGACGCCCACGGAGGAGGCCGGCCCCCGAUGCCACCCUCCUCCCCGGGGGAGAGCGUCGCCGCGAGGCCCAGGCCGCAGUCCCCAAACAGCUUGAGACUUUCGGAGGCCGCGUGGAGGAGGAACAGGGGCUACUCCCCCCUCAAACCGGCAGCCAGAACGGGGCAGGGUAGCUCCGGGAGGGUGACUGCAGGUGCCAGACUCUCCUCCUCCCCCCCGGUCAUCCUUACCACAAGCCCUGGUCUGAAAAGGCCACGGAGCUCCGAGGAAGGUCGAAGGGCGGGGCCUGGUCGUCAUGACGACUCCGGAAGGCCGGCCAGGGCGGAAGGCGACCUUGUGUUUACUGAGAAGUGCCGGGAGCUUCAGGCAUUCCUCAAGCCCUUACUGCAGCUCCUGAACGGGCUGAAGAGAGGACGCUACCACAGAGGUCUGAGCAGCUUCCAGCAGAGUGUGGCGAUGGACCGCAUCCAGAGGAUCGUGGGGGUGAUUCAGAAACCUGCCGUGGGGGGGCGCUAUCUGAGCACGCUGCUCCAGGUGGAGAUGAUGCUGAAGCUGUGGUUCCCCCACAUCACCCCGACUUCAACCCCCGACACCCCCAAACCAGGCAGGACCCCCGAGGGACAGGGGGCCCCCCACACCCCAGCCGAGCAGAGCUGCAGUCCAGACAGAGUCUCUGCGGAGACACUCGCAGCCUCUGCUCCCCUCCACACUUCCAGCUCUCGGCAACACCCAGGGAUCUCAGUCCCGACAGCCCAGGAAGAGAGCUCCAGACCAGGGAGAGGCUACCACGAGAACCCCCCCUGCCGCACGUCCGAACCCAGCCUGACCUGGAUCCACGCGAGCCCCAUCUGCGCCCCCCUGCACCCCAACAUCGGCCCCGCAGCCCUGCGGGCCCCCCACAACCCCUCAUUCAGCCCGGCCACUCAGGACAGCUCAAUCUCCUCGACCACGCCCUCGCCCCGCCUCCUGCAGGGCUGCGGCCCAAUCAGGUGCCGGAGUGUGCCGGUCACGGGCGCCGGGGGUUCUAGAACGCUGGCGGAAUGUCAGGGGGGUUGCGUUUCGUUGCCGGCGUUACUGGCUCCUCCCCCACCCGCACCGCCGCGGUCUCUCGCUGUCGGGACUCCUCUGCUGAGAGGCAGGCAGGGCUGGAGGGGACGCGGCUGUCAGAGCCAGGUGACUUCCUGACCAUUUCAAAGCACGGUUUUUAUUUUUUAAUUUUAUUGCUGCAUUGUUUUAUUAUUAUUAUUAUUAUUAUUAUUAUUAUUAUUAUUAUUAUUAUUAUUUGGGAAGGAUGCGUUGGCAGACUGCUUGUCAACCCAAGCCGAGAGAUUUAUUUAUUUCUUAGUAUGUCGUCCGGGGUGGGGGGG